UGCUGCAGAAGCAAGCCUGUGUGUACUCGCUGCAGUCGUUUCCCAAGACUAUGCAAAUACGACAUGAAAUUCGUACCUUGGGCCAACACGACCUCAAAGACAAUCAAACACCCGAUUCAGUCGACGGUUUCCAGCCUUCCGAAACAAAUCAUCCAGCCUCUAUCUUGUCAUCUAGUCGAUGACGAGUCUCGAUUUUACAUUCAUCACUUCAGUACACAGACUUCCAUCCUACUGUUCCCAUUGGCACCUCCGUCAUUCCGGGAGCGCUUGGUCUCGUCGGCACUCAGAGCGCCAAGUCUCCUCUAUGCUCUUCUGGCGGCUUCAUGUAGCCAUCACGCACGCCUAGCCUGCAACUCAACGUCACAGAAGAAUGUUUUGAGAUACACUAACAUUGCCCUUACCGCGCUACAGAACGCUUUAGCGAGCCAGGCCGACAGGGUCGAGUUGUCAGACGUCGCCUCUGCCAUUGUACUUUGCACCAACGACGCCUGUAAUGGCAACCCUAGCUCCUUUUAUACACACUUGAGCGGAGCAAAACAUUUGCUGCAGAGUCUGGUUGACCAAGAACACACUGGAAAUGAGAACUCAUUUGUUCAAUGGCUUGCAAAAUGGUUUGCCACCCUCGAUGUCUGCGCAAGUGCAUCUGGCUCCUAUCGAUCUGUAAUCACCAACGACAGCUAUCCUCUGCUUGAAACAUUACCUCGUCCGCGACUUGCUCAGCCGGACGAUCUUUGUGGUUAUUCUCUGGAGCUCAUGCCCCUGAUAUCUCGAAUUGGGCAGCUUGCAAAUCAGGAUCCUUCGCUCUGGUCAUCGCCAGUGAUACUUGAUGAGAUUUCUCAACUCGAGGCCUACACUGGCAUGUUCUAUGAGCCUGACAAACCAGGGAGUCUGGCCGAUACAGAUCCGAUUACACGUGAAGAGAAGAUGAGAAACACAAACAACGCCUUUGCGAGCUCUGCCCUCCUACAUUUAUAUCGUAGAGUGUAUCAGUUUCCCAAAGAUCACCACAUGGUACGCACGGCCAUCCAGAAUAUCCUGCGUGCAGUGGAAAAUCUAACAGCCUCUUCAACAACGAUUGUUUUGUUACUCUGGCCGAUCUUCAGUGCUGGUUGCGAGACCGAAAAUGCUGAGGAGAGGCGUUCUAUCAACAUGAGAAUGCAACACAUGGAAUCACUCGGACUUGGAAAUUUCAAGCAAGCCCGAGCUGCCAUGAACAGUUACUGGUCUUCAGGCACUCAUCUGACAUGGGGACAGUAUCUCGAAAACCAUGGCUCGGUAUUUGUUCUGUUCUAG